GUCUCAAUGAUUGGUUCUUAGAUCUCACAACAAGGAGACGGUUGUCAAAAUAGUGCAUAUAAAUUACAAGUAGAUUCACUGUUGCCUGAGCUAGCCAGGAACACAAUUGACUUAGUAGAAUUUAAGUCAUUGGUUAAUAUGCAUGACGCGUAGGACGCGUAGGACGCAAUCAUCUUCUUUUUUUGAAGUAACGUCUAUAUUAUAUAAGAUAAGAUAAGAGUGUUACAUUUUAAAAAGACAACCUUUUAAAACUCGGAUGCACAAAAGUGUGAUAACAUUCUGGAGACAUUAAAUAGAUCCCAAGACGAUCUUACUUCUUCAGAAAAGUGAAACAAAUUACAAACUGAUAACAUCAAAAGUCUACCAGCAACUUGACAAGCGCAUCAAAUCUCGUCAAAGAUGUCCUGCAAGAGAAAAACUCAAACUGAUAGAAACGUAUCGAAAAGACACAAAAUAGAAAAAAACAGUACAGACCUUUGUUUUCCUCAAGACACAUGUGGACUAAAUGGAUCAGAUGAUCAGACUGAUCUAGCAGACUUCUCCAGUCCUGGGGAUGAGAAUCAAGAUACAGAUCCUCAUCAUUUCACUAGUGACCAGUCCAAAGUCCAGUCAGAUGAGGUUGAAGGUCCACUAAUUGGUGAUCAUGAAACUCAGGAGUCAGAAGGUGGAGAAGCUGAUCUACACCAAUAUCUUGUGGGCUGUAAGAAGAAUCCAGGUCAUAGCCAGUUUAUACCUGUUGAUACAUUCACCUUAAAACAUUUACCUGAAGGUCUUCAAGACAAUGAUUUGUAUGAAUACAUCAAAGUUAAAGCUGACCAGACAGUUAGAGUUGAUGUUAGAAUGUCAAGUCCACACAGACCAAAGUUUUGGUCAAAGACAAAUCGACCAUAUCCGUUUUCUAACAUGAGUGAGAGAAGAAACUUGAGGACAGGAAGUGGAAGAGUGAGGAUUGUAAACAAGUUUCAAGAUGGAGUCUGGCAAGAUGGAGGUUAUGGGGAUACUGCCUACACAAAGUGUUGGUGUAGAAAAUGUGAAAGUUCAAACUCACCCAGCAAUGUGUGGUGGGAGUUUGAUGUGGACACAGCCACACAUGUGGUUUUUGAUGCCAUUGAGGCCAACCACACAACCUUGAGAUUGUUUUAUGAUAGAGAUGACAGCCCAGUGGUCAUUGUUGAUAAGGUCAGUGUUGAUUAUGUAAACAUUGAGCAUGACUGGUGUGAGUUGAAAUGUGUGACAUGUGAUGAAACUUUAGGAAAUAAACUGGAGGGAAUGUACAAACAUUUUGAAAAUGUCUGGAAGAAAGUCUGGGACAAAUACAUUGACUCUAGCUCUCCACACAAGUUGACCUUUAUAGUGUCACAUCCUCAUGGCUGUUCUAAACAGGUCAGUGUUGGUCAAUGGAAGGACAUACUAAGGGUGGAUGGUAGAUCUAAGUUUACUUAUACAACUUGUACAUGUCCAGGAAGUAGUGGAGCACAUGUCCACUGUAUGGGGUGUAGUAACAAAAUUUGGCCUAUUCUUGUCCACAGUGGAAGUUUCAAGUCUGGAUUAAAUUACAGUGGAGCUGGUCCUGUCUGGUGAGUUGUUUCCCUUGUGAGUUGUCCAGCUCCAUCAUGAAGAUAUCUUUGAGAACCCUUGACAUUCUGAACCUCAAACUUAAAUGUCUCUUUAGUCUUGAGUUAUGUAAAUAAAUUGUGUAUGUUAUCUUUAAAUUUACAA